AUGUUUGUCUGGUCUUUCAUAUCUAUCUAUCUAUCUAUCUAUCUAUCUCAUUUUUUCAUAUCUAUCUAUCUAUCUAUCUAUCACAACUCUUUUCAUAUCUAUCUGUCUAUUUAUCUAUCUAUCUAUCUAUCUAUCUAUCUAUCUAUCUAUCUAUCUAUCUAUCUCAUUUUUUCAUAUCUAUCUAUCUAUCUAUCUAUCUAUCUAUCUAUCUCUUUGUCUGUCUGUUCGUUCAUAUCUAUCUCUCUGUCUAUCUAUCUAUCUAUCUAUCUAUCUAUCUAUCUAUCUAUCUAUCUAUCUGUCUUUUCAUAUCUAUCUCAGUUUUUUUCAUAUCUAUUUAUCUCCGUCUGUUCAUAUCUAUCUAUCUGUCUAUCUAUCUAUCUAUACGCGCACAAACGCGCACACACAUACACAUACACGCACGCGCGUGAGCGCACAUAUUAUAACGGGGCGGUCAUGAUCAUGUGCGUGAUUACAGGCCUUAAUUCAUUUGGAAAGAAUCUGGGACCUCCGCGGAAGAAAAUUAGUGCACACGCAAUGGCCUUAAAAAAGCCAUAG